CAUGCAACUAAGACAUUGGUUGCAUUGAAACCAAAAGAAGAAGAAGAAGCAUCACAGCAAUGGCAGCGACCUUGUAUAGAGCUUGAUGUUAACAAUGCUUUAAUGAGUUACCACCUUAUAAUGCUCUUAUAUCGAUCACACACAGUGACAGUUUGGUGUUUAUAGAGUCCAUUCAAAGGGUAAUAUCAUGUUUUCCAUCAUAAAGGCUGCUGUCGGCGGAUUGACUGCUUUGUGUCGAGUGAACGGUCACCAGCAAGGUCUUUUACAUGGCCACCUGAAAGUCCUGGCUGCUGGCCUUAAGACACGUGACAUCCCUCCAGACCACAGUGAUGUGGUGCUGCCAGACAGACGCAAACUGAAGUUUGUGAACAAGAUGCCUAACUUUAAAAACGCCAAGAAAGAGAUGAAGAAUCUGAAGGAUAUCCAAGGCCCAGCGACGACAGCCAAUGCCUUCACUAAGGGAGAGUUUGCUAUUGUGGCCAUGGGAGGAGGCUACCUUCAUUGGGGUCACAUAGAGAUGAUCCGUCUAACCAUCAAUCGCAAGAUGGAUCCCAAGACUACAUUUGCCCGUUGGCGUGUCAAUGGCCCAUAUAAGCCUGUCACACGUAAAGGUCUGGGUAUGCGCAUGGGCGGGGGCAAGGGAGCCAUCGACCAAUACGUGACACCUGUGCGCUACGGCCGCUUUAUUGUGGAAGUCGGAGGAAAGGUGGAGCUUGGAGAGAUUCAGCGUAUCAUGACUGAAGUGGCACAAAAGCUACCCUUCAAGGCCAAGGUUUUUAGCAGAGCGAGCCUAGCAGCCUUUCAGAAGAAGCAUGCUGAUAUGGAGCAGAACAACCAGAAUCCCUGGACCUUCAAGGAGAUAACGCUCGGCAACAUGUUGGGGAUCAGGAAAGUGCUCAGCCCCAAAGACCUGUGCCACAACGGACGCUUUGCAGGCAAAUUUCACCUCCCAUGGAGGGUGUGACAGACCUGAGGGACAUACGUGGCUGCAGUGUCUGUCAUACUGUUUACCAUCCAGACCUAAAUAUUCAGUACAUUUUGGGAAUCUUCUUUCAUUUUUGUUUUUUUACACACGUAUUAGUGGAUUUAACAUUUGUCUAAGGGAUAUUUCUUUAAUUUCCUGCUUUAAAGUACAAAUAAACUAAAUAAUUCAAUUGCAUUUUGUCAAUUUGAAUUUAAAGCUCUUUAUGUGUAAUCUGCUGAAAAAAGGUGUGAAACGGAAGUGAAAAUAAAUCUCCUGUCACCUAAAAA